AUGCCCUCAGUCUACGAUACCUAUCUAUGCAGGGAGCCCGCCAAUGAUGUGCCUAUGUUGAUACGGAAUGGUCCCGAUGAAUACACAGCCCUUUUGAGGAUAUUACAAAGAUCAGCAGACUACUUCGCAGAAAAGGAUCACACCAGGACGGUUGAAAGGCUACAAUUGGAAAUUGCAAGGGUACACAUGCAGAACAAGCGGUGGGAUCGUGCAGCCCGAGUGCUCAUAUCGCUCUCGCAGACAUUGAGCUGGCGCCGAGCAGGCUGGUGGGUGUUGCUGGAAGAGAUGGACUGGGCCUUAAGAGACUGUGCACGCCGCAUUGGAGAUCUUCAGACACUGAUUGCUGUGGAAUGGGAGCUCAUGUGUAGCUACCUGACACCAAGACAGGAUUGGCAUUAUGACUUCUCUAAAGCAAUAGACGGCAUCAAGACUUCAAAUCCACGGCCUAAAUCUGUUAUACGAGCUGAGAGCACACUUUCGUGCAUCUCUGCAACGUUUGCAUUCGGUGUUACUGAAGGUAAUGUGGGUGUAUCGCUGCCCUCACAGCUAAUUGUUACUUCUCGCACACACAAGGAUUCGACUCCUAUCUUAGUUUCGCAAGUCAAGGUUGCGUUCGAAGGAGGUCUGAGGAGCUUCAACAUCCAGCAUGAGUUGACCGAAAAACCCGAGGCUAGCACGUCUGAUGGGCUGGCGCACCUUCAUCGCAUUUCCCUACAAAAGGCUUCUUCAGAUGCUACAUCAUUACCCUCAAGUCCGAAUUUCUCUCCGGGCUCCCAGCCACUGAUCAGAGUUGCUGAUCUAGAAAUUGCCCCUGGCGUCACGAAAGCCCUGUCGCUUGAUCAUGUACCGCGUGAUCCUGGAGACGUUGAGGUUGCAAGCAUCACUCUGUGCAUGUCUGUAGUUGACUUCGAUAUGGAGGUCGUCAUCACUGAACAGGAACAAAUUCAUCAAGAAACUCUCUGGGUUAAAAGUCCAUUAGGCUUGUUGCCAAAGAAAGCCAAGGUUGGACGCAGUAGCGUCGUGAAAAUCUUGCCCAAGCCGCCUAAAAUGCAGAUUCAAGCCCUCGGCCUGUCACCGAAUUACUUCACUGACGAGGACAUCACUAUAGAGAUAGAAGCUACGAACGAAGAGGAAGAAGAAACCAAUGUUAGCAUUGACGCCCGACUUCUAGCACCUUCAGGGAUAUUACCGACGCUGAGAUGGGCUUUGGAUGAAGGAGAGGACUCCAGAGAGGUCGCCCCAGAGGAUCCGCCGGAUCCCAGCAGUAUUGACUCUUCUUCGAAAAGCAUCGGCAAUCUAGCUCCCAUGGCGAAUCGAAGACAUACACUCUGCAUUCAAGGGUCACCAGUUGCGGCGGACUAUAUUCUGGAAGUCAAAGCGCGUUAUCACGUUCUUUCCGACCCAGAAACACCGAUCAUCAAAAGUUUCUCAACUAAAAUCGGAGUCGUGACGCCAUUCAAGGCAAAUCAUAGUUUCCUGCCUAGGAUUCAUUGUGAACCGUGGCCGAGUUACUUCAACGCUGACGGCCUUGAUGAGAACUCCAAGAAUGAUGCGGGCGAGAUGGAGGUCGCGAAGGGACUGACUCAAGAAUGGUCUUUGACUUCGAGAAUUGCGUCUUUGGCUAAUGUUUCUUUAAUGAUCCAGAGUGUUGAACCACAAGUAGUCGAGAUCCACGAAGGAGCCAUUUGUAGUAUCUCUUCGGCUUCUGGGGAUACUGUUGCAGCGUCCAUGAUCUCGCCCAAUGAUUUUCAGGCGCACGAUUUUGUCAUCCUUGCGCAAAAAUUAGACCUGGAAGACCGUCGAUCUACCUUCCUCGAUCUACGAUUGGAAAUCAAGUGGCAUCGAGACGGCUUCCAGGGCCCUCCAGUAGUCACCCACCUUUCUGUGCCAGAACUGGUCAUACCGUUUGGCGAGCCUCGAGUGCUAGCAUCCGCGCGGAGUGGGAACGUCCCACCAGGAGCGAUAAAUCUCGAUUAUGUCAUAGAAAACCCUUCGAUGUACGCGCUCCCAUUCCAAUUGACCAUGGAUAUCAGCGAGGAGUUUGCAUUCAGUGGGCCCAAAAAUGUCACCUUACAAUUGGUGCCGCUCAGCCGGCAUAAUAUUCGAUACGUUAUCUUGCCGCACGUGAAGGGGUUGUGGAUUAGCCCUCAGUUCAGAGUCUUUGACACUCAUUUCCAGAAGAGCUUGAAGGUCAACGCCACUGAAGGAAUGAGAAGUGACAAAAAGGGAGUGUCGAUUUGGGUGGAUGCCGAUAGCUGA